AUGACUUACUUCCAAGACGGUAUGUCGUGUCGAGCUCAGAACGACGUCGUCGCCAUCCUCGGAGGUCUCCAAGUCGUAUCUGUCGUCAAUCGAGCAAAGACCAUGCUGUCCGAGUCCAACCGGAGUCUACCCGAGACUUUGCCACUUCCCCGCCCUUUCUCACUUCAAUUCUCCUCCCGGCCACUUUCAGGCUGGAUUACGAAUAGCACCUUCGCCGUCCAUACCCACCAUUGGUACCUCACGCCUUCCACCGCUGGUCUGCGACUGACACAAUCUCUAUUGCAAGCGUUCAAUCCAUCGACUAUGGCGGACGACCGCUCGAUGCUGCCGUCCAACCAGCUGGACCCUCAGCUAUUUGUGCCACCUGCAGCGACCACUGGCUCCACGAACACAUCGCUAGAAUCACAGGCGCACGCAUGGCAAAGGACAACGAUUCUGAGACUUGCGGGACAAUUUCAUACCAAGGCCCGCGCUUGCAAAAACGAGACACAGCUCCUCAAGCUAUAUCGCGAAUCCCGCGAUGUGAUUCUUGCCCUAGAGGGCACGCUUUCGGAUGUUGCGGCGACAUUCUGGGAUAUCUUUGGCAGCAAGGUGCCGCUCAACGACAAGGCCGACGAACAGUGGCAGCGAUUUGAAACGUUGGCUAAGAGCAACGAGAAAAAGAGAGACAGCAAAGACGUUCCCGCUCAAAGAGUCAUGCACGAAGCUGGUGUCAUUGCGAUCUGGGGUCCGGAGAUCUUCAACCACUACGGCUGGCAAGGCUGGCCACUGGUAACGAUCCGCAAAUUACAUCAGUUUGCGAGGAUUGUCAAAGACUGGCACGAAGCAGUCCGAGUCUUUAAUGCGAUGCUGGUACACCGGGAGGAGUCGAGAGCAAACGGCAACAACCAAGCCCUCAAAAUUGGGGAGCAUCACUCGGCAUCCAAAAUCAAGGAACAGGAAUCACCCAUCGACCCAUCGGACAUCAAAGAGGCAUUGCAAUGGGCGAAGACAAACUCCGAAUCGGCCGAGGCGAAGCAGCAAAUCAUUGCACGGGCGAGCAACGUCAACGGAACACCGAUAGAAGAUUGUGAUCUGAAAGUGGACAAGUACGGCCUGUUGACGCCGGACCGAGGGAGAAAGCGACCUCCGCGCCGCGAUUUGAUUGUCAACAAGGCCGUGCCUGCGACUCCCACUCCACUGCCACUGGCAUCGAGAGCGAAUGCUGUGUUCAAAAAGCAAAACAAUGCCGUGCCUGCGACUCCGAGUUCGCUGCCACUAGCAUCGAGAGCGAAUGCUGCGUCCAAAAAGCAACAGGUACGACGCGGUCAUGCGAGAGGAAAGGCUUCCAAAUUGGCGGAAGAGAAAGAGCGUGGUGCGGUGGAUGAAGAGGUAGAAGAAGAGGAAGAGGUCGAUUCGGAUGAUAAAGAUGCAGAUGGAGAACCGGAUGACGAUACGAAUGUUUUUGGCAACGAUCACACUGCGGCUUCUACGGGGACCGAAAAGCCCAUGGACACCUCUACAUCAGCGCCCGAUCAGCAUGGUGAGGAUCUCGUGGGAGAAGCAGACGAGGACGAGCCGAUGGAAGAUUCGACAGCUGCGACGGAGCAGAACAACACCGUGGGAGUAGCAGAUGAGAACGUGGCCAUGGAGGAUUCGACAGCUCCGCCUGAGCAGGAACCGGACGACCAGGCCAGGAACAAUCCUGGCAGUCUCGGUAUCGCCGGGCGUUCGAAAAGCGGCGGCAGCAAUACUGGUGAAGACGAUGGUUUGUCGAUCACGGGGACCGAGGGGGACGCUGCAGAAAUCCUUGUAACCCUGGGGAGAGCCGCCGCCGACGAUCAGGUAAUGAGGGAUGCUGCUGACGGAGACAGCCAUGAGAUCGAGGGGCGGCGCAGCGGCGAGGAGCGAGACAGUGGGACACCCAAACCAGAUGUCCAAGUGCAAGUGCAAGUUGACCGGGUCGGAUCUACGAGCUCCGGGCAUGACGCCGAUCGGGAUGGUGGCGACCCGAGGUCGAAAGGCGCGCAAAGCAGUGACGAGAGAAUGGCCGAUGCUGAAGAAAUCAACGACAAUGAACAACCUGGCCACGCUCCAAGCACAGCUGACUCUGGCAACGUGGGUCUUGCGGCUGCGCGCAGUUCAACAACCCACACAAACGCAGAACCGUCUCAAGAGAUGUCUGGUUCUGAUGGGACAACAGAUGCACAGGGAGAAAGUGCCUUACCAAGUCGAGGUCAACAUCCCGACAUCCCAACACCAUCGCCAGCAGACAUCGAUCACAUCAACUCGCAACUGAGUAGCGAACAGCAGAGCUCUGCCGGUGCACAUGCGCCACCAGGCGCUGACAGCGCUGCUCAUGCCGGUAUUGCGACAACCAAUUCGCUUGAGGUACGGCGGACCCGGAUGGCUGCUAGUCGUGCCGUUAAUCAAGUCCUCAGCGUGGGCCACGGCGAUGGUCAACGUGCAGGUAGCGACAUAGCACAGAAUUCCGGGGCAAGGCUCAAUGGCCAAACAGACUUGGGCUCCAAGCUUCGUCUUCUGAUGGAAGCGGACGACUCUCCCUCUGACGUGAGUCAGCUCGUCGACAAGUUGCGCCAGCUUGACGGCUUGGGGCAUGUUCGUCCGGCCCAGAUACACAAUGCAUCUGAAGACAAGCCGAAAGCACGCAAGGAGUCGGCAGAUGUCUGGCAAACUGCCUGGCUACCCUCCGAGCAAUUUUUUGUCCGGGACUUCCUCACGAAACCGAUGAUCAUCAAGCAAAGCUUUCAAGACAGCGCUCUCUACAAUCAAAAGAAACUGCUUACGUUGAUCACUGAGAGACACCCGAAGCAGACUAUCGACGUCCGUCGCAGCGCUACAGGCGUCCCGACCUCUAUGACACUUCUCGACUACGCUCAAGCCAUGAAUUCCUCCAACACUCCACCCGCAGGCGUUGCUCUCAAAGUCGAAAGCAUCAUCCGAGCUGACGAACCUCUGCUUACUCGACUACCACGUUUCCGCCUGCUGCAAACCCUGGUCGGACGAGCCAAAUGCUCUGCGGAAGGGACCUCCUUGCAAGGUCUCACCAACCUUCUUGACUCUCUGAAUUUCACCUUGUACAGCCAUGCCGGCGUCUUCACCUCCUCGCCCAUCGACUCCCUCUUCGGCACCUGGGUCCGCUGCCUCUCCGGCUCCGCAAUGUGGAUUCUCUCCCCACCAUUAAACAAAACCAGCUGGCAGCAAUAUCUCGCCGGCGAAGCCUCGUGGCCACGCAACGCAGAAGCACGCAUCCUCCUCCUUGAGAAAGACGAUGUCCUCGUCAUUCCUGCCGGUAUGCGCAUCGCCCGCGCCGUGUUCGUGCCGGAAGCAUGUGUCAUGGAAGGAGGGAGUUUCUGGGACGAGUGCAGUAUUCCCGAAGUGAUUGAUGGACUGAUCUGGACGAAGGAGCAUGGAGAGCACAGGAAGCAUGCUGUGUUUGCGCAGCUACCGAGGCUGGUGGAUGAACUUGAGGCGUGGGUUGAGGAGGGACAUUCGGAUUUUGGGAAGACUGGGAAGGGACUGGCGGAGUACCGGAAGAGGGUGAGGAAUGGUAUUAGUGCUUUGAGGAGGGUGUUGGUGGAGGAAGAAGAGAAGGAGAGGAGGGAACGGGAAGGAAGUUUGACGCUUUGA